GCCCCAGGGGCGGGCGGGAGGCGCCGCGGCCGCGCCCCAGGAGGCGGAGCACGGCCAUAGAGGCUUCCGCCCGGCCAUAGAGGCUUCCGCCCGGCCGGCCUGCGGCAGCGAGAGGGGAGCGGAGCCGGGGCUUCGGGGGCGUUCGCUGCAGAGAUGGUGUCGCUGCUACCGCGCAUCGAGCGGCUCUCGUCGCGGGUGGUGCGAGUGCUGGGCUGCAACCCGGGGCCCAUGACCCUGCAGGGCACCAACACCUACCUGGUGGGCUCCGGGCACAGAAGAGUUCUUAUUGACACUGGAGAGCCAGAUAUUCCUGAAUAUAUCAGCUGUUUAAAGCAGACACUGUCAGAGUUCAACAUCGCCAUUCAAGAAAUUUUAGUGACACACUGGCAUCGUGAUCAUACUGGUGGAAUACCUGAUAUCUGCAAAAGCAUUCCGAGUGACUCGGACUAUCGCAUAUGUAAGCUCCCUCGUGUCCCUUACUGUGAGGAAACAAUAGAAGGAGGACAUAAAUAUUUUUAUCUUAAAGAUGGAGAUAUGAUAGAGACAGAGGGAGCCACACUCAGAGUUUUAUAUACACCAGGACACACUGAUGAUCAUAUGAUUUUACAUCUAGAAGAAGAAAAUGCUAUAUUUUCUGGUGACUGUAUUUUAGGGGAAGGAACAACAGUAAUAGAAGACCUAUCUGAUUACAUGAAAACUUUGAAAAAGUUGUUAGAAAUGAAACCAGAUUUGAUUUAUCCAGGUCAUGGCCCAGUAGUACGUGAUGCAAAUACUAGAAUCCAAAACUACAUUUCUCACCGACUUGCACGUGAACAGCAAAUUAUAAAUGUUUUCCAGAAGAAUACUGGGAAAUCCUAUACAUCUUCAGAGCUUGUAAAGAUGGUGUACAAGGAAAUCCCUGAGAAUUUACUUCCAGCAGCAGAACAUAACCUCCUAGUCCACUUGAAGAAGCUGGAAAAAGAAGGAAAAUACGUGAUGAAACUCCCAACUUCAGAUGGAAAAACAAUUUAUAAGUUAGGCAAGAUUGCUCAGGAAUGUAUUUAAAUCUUCAUGGUUGCUGUAUGAAAAAUCAUAACAAUGAGGAAAGUAAAAACUAAUUUUUACUUAGUUUUAAAAAAAGUGGUGACAAUUUUAAAGCAAUGUUACAGUAAGUUAACUGAUGUUUCACAUUCUACUCUACUGGAAUUUUAAAAUACCUUGGUGAGUACUGAGUUAAUAAAAAGGAAUGAGUGUGAAGAAUUGAAUCCUGCCUUUGUUAUAAAGUGCUGAGUUUUAUAAUUUUUGCAUUUAUCAUGCAAAAGACAAAUAGCAAGGUCUUAUAAACUUAAUAUUAUAGUAUCUUAAAGCAAUAUUAUAAAUUUAAUAUAUCACUUAUAUAGAAGAAACCUCUAGUAAAAAAACCAGAAAAUAUGUUAUUCUAAACCUGGUUUAAUCUGCUUGUGUUUCUCAAAAAGUAAUUUUCUAAUAAGUUAUCUGUACAUAUUAAAAAACCAAGUUAUUUUUGCUAACAGGUGUAAUACUGGGGUUUAUGUUCCCUUUCUAAUUUAGCUGAAUGUGCUCAUCUUUGCUGGUUGCUCAGUGCCAUAUGUUUUAACAAACACUGGAAGUAAUUCUAGACUUUUGGUUUGUUUGGUGGAAACACCAUUUCUAUGGAAUUCAUUCAAAGGAUGCAUUAAUUUUAACUAACGAGUGUCAAUGCAUAGAGUUGGAGCAGACUCUUAAAUUCUUUGUAAGAUUCUGCAAGAAUGUGAUUAAAAAGCCGUAUAAAUUGAGAUAUGUGUUACACGCCAUAUGAAGUUUUGCUGUCAAUCCACUUAAAGUAGAAAUAUUUUAACUAAGAGGUUGUAUUUGUUUGUAAGGUAUUGUACAGUGUAUUAAACUAUGUUUGGAGAUUAAUUUAAAACUGCAAGUUCAGUUCUCUGUGAACCUCCGACUUGCAGAAUAGCACAUAAAUAUUUGCAUUACUUUGUCUGUUCAAAGUGUGAGACAUUUGGUGAUAUAUAAAUUUCUUAUAAUAUUACUCAGCCUUAAAAAACAAAAGCAGAUCUGAGAUAUUUGAAAAUAUCAAGGACAAAUAUAUGACCGUGAAAACCUUUGACCAUUCAAUCCUGUACCCUCAUUUGUGAAGCAUGCAUAUAUGUUUGGGUCUUUAAGGCAUAUCUUAAUAAUUGACAUUGUUUUAUGAAGCUGAUGGCAUUUGUUCUGAUCAACUGAGACAGAUCCAAAACACAAAUCUUCACUGGAACAGCAACCCAAAACUGAAAUGGUGCUCUGAAGUAGUAGGCAGACCCCCGAAGAAGGGGAAUAAUUACUUUCUGUAAAAAUUAUGCUUCUUUCAAGCUUCACUGAUCUGAAAUUUGGCCACAUUAUGACACAUGCUCACUUUUAACUUUUUAUACAGUGGCAUUUUGAGGCCUUUCUCAGGUCUGCUAGGUUUCUUUCCUAUUGUAUUUUCUAUUUACUUAUAUUUUUCCAGACACUUUUUAUCCCUUCCUCCCACAAACUUUUUUUUUCUUCAAUUCCUUUUGGAAUAAUUACUCAUUUUUCAAUUGGACUUCUUUCCAUUAAUAAUUCGUUUUCCUGUAGCUAUUCCAUUAAUUUAUAGUUACCUUUUCUACUGUUAGGCAUAAAAACAUAAUUAUCACUGCUUUAUUGAAAAAGAUAAAAAGAUAAUCCAUAUGCUCUGAAUGGUGUCAUUUUGCUUCAAGAAAACAGAAAUAUCACUGAAAUGACAGUUUGCUGUCAUGUGGUCUGAGAACGCUAAGACAGCAGGAAACUGAUAUGAAGAGGUGAUGUCUCAUUACUUUUCUGAGCUAAAGAAGAAAUCUAAUGUCACUUAAUGAUUUUCUUCUGUUUUCCUAUAAAUUUUGAAAUACAUGGAAAUGGCUUUAGAAUGUACUUAAAGAAUUGUUGGAACUUGCAGGUGGUGAAGAAAGCAAGAGAAUACAAAUAGAAAACUCCAUGUUCUCUGCUGAGCUGCCUGACAUCUUCAAAAAAAAAAACAAAAACAAAAACAAGGAAAAAGGCUGUUUAACCAGACAAGUAAUUAAUGAUUGUGUAUGGUGUCUUUGGAAUAUUAAGAGCAGAAAUUGCACUGUUACUAAGAUGCAUAUAUAAUAAAGGAUACUUGGCUAUGGCAUCUUGAAAAA